AUGGCCUCAUUCUUAACCAAUUCCAUCUUUCUAGGGGUGUUGUGGAGUACCAUCCUUCUUUCCUUUGCUAAAACCUUUUUAGCAGCAAUAUCUUCACUGGAAUCAGAAGCUGUGGCUUUGCUAGAGAGUGGCUGGUGGAGUAGCCAUAGCAACGAUACUUCACAAUGUUGCAAGUGGCCCGGAAUUUCAUGCAACAAUGCAGGAAGCAUCACCAAAAUUAACCCAUCUGCUGAUGUGAUUCAGGUUGGUGAUAGAUUUGGAAAUUUGAAUUUCUCUUCAUUUCCGAAUCUUGUCCUUCUUAACCUUAGCCAUCAUAAAGUUGGAAGAAAUAUCCCGCCUCAGAUAGGUGAUCUCUCCGCAUUGAAGCACUUGGACUUGUCAUAUUGUCAGUUAUCCGGUGAGUUACCUUCUUCCCUUGGAAACCUAACCCAAUUAGAGUUUCUUGACAUUUCAAAUAAUGACAACAUUAAUGAUUCCAUCCCUCCACAACUAGGGAAUUUGAAAAAUCUUGUUAGUUUAAAUUUGAGUGCCAACAGUCUUAACAACAAAAUUGUUGGUCCAAUGCCUUCCACUUUAUAUCAAUUAACCAAUUUGUCUGAUCUGUACCUUGAUAAUAACCAAAUUGAAGGUCCUAUACCAAAAGAACUUGGGAAUUUAAAUACAAUAAUUCAAUUAUCCCUCUUUGGAAACAAAUUGAAUGGUUCAAUCCCUUCUUCUAUUGGUAAUUUAUCAAAAUUGCAAGAUUUGUCCCUUGAUUCAAAUCUUCUAGAAGGUCCUAUACCAAAAGAAAUUGGGAAUUUAAAUGCAUUAACUCAAUUAUCCCUCUUUGGAAACAAAUUGAGUGGUUCAAUCCCUUCUUCUAUUGGUAAUUUAUCAAAAUUACAAUAUCUGUUCCUUUAUUCAAAUCUUCUAGAAGGUCCUAUACCAAAAGAAAUUGGGAAUUUAGAAGCACUAUAUCUAUUAGACACCUCUGAAAACAAAUUGAGCGGUUCUAUACCUUCACAAAUUGGGAGUUGCUUAAAUUUGCGGCAGUUGGAUCUAAGCAGCAAUAAUUUCGAGGGGGAGAUCCCUCCUCAAAUAGGCAAGCUUUCAAAGCUAAAAUUUUUAAAUCUCAGCUACAACAAACUCAUAGGUGAAAUUCCUAUCUUGUCUGCCACUAAUCUUAAGAGUUUUUGUACCAGUAAUGGUUAUAUAACUAUCUAUCCCGAUCCAUUUGAAGGUAACAAGGCUUUAUCACUCUACCCCUGUUUUUCACCAACCAAUCAAACCAAGAGCAGUAGAACUCCUUACUUCACGAAAAUAUUCCUCCCUAUUGCCAUAUUCCUUACUUUUUCUAUUCUAGGGAGUUUGUUUUUGUGGCGGUUCAAGGCCAAGAAGAACCAAUCUGGUUCACAAACCAAAAAAAAUGGGGAUUUGUGCUCAAUAUGGAACUUUGAUGGAAGGAUAGCAUAUGAAGAUAUUAUUGCAGCAACAGAAGAUUUUGAUAUUCGAUACUGCAUUGGAAUUGGGGGUUACGGAAGUGUUUACAAAGCACAACUACCUUGUGGCAGAAUAGUUGCUCUGAAAAAACUCCAUCACCUAGAGGCUGAGGAUCUGGGUUUCGACAAAAGUUUCAGGAAUGAGGCAAAAAUUUUGUCUGAAAUUCGACAUCGAAGUAUUGUGAAGCUUCAUGGAUAUUGUCUACACCGGAGGUGCAUGUUUCUGAUAUAUGAAUACAUGGAAAGAGGAGGCUUGCUCUGCAUCCUAAGUAAUGAUGAUGAAGCUGUGGAGUUGAAUUGGGUAAAAAGGGUUGAGAUCAUCAAAUCGGUUGCUCAUGCCUUGUCUUACUUGCACCAUGAUUGCUUCCCUCCAAUUGUUCAUCGAGACAUUUCAAGUAACAAUAUUAUACUAAACUCAAGCUUGGAGGCUUUUGUUGCUGAUUUUGGAACCGCUAGAAUGCUACAUCUUGAUUCAUCUAAUCUGACUGUUCUUGCCGGUACAAUUGGCUAUUUAGCACCAGAACUAGCCUACACAAUUGUUGCAACUGAAAAAUGUGAUGUAUAUAGUUUCGGGAUUUUGGCAUUAGAAAUAUUAAUGGGAAAGCAUCCUGGAGAACUUUUGUCAUCAUCAUUGUCAUCGCCAACUUCUUUGCAAAAUAUCAAGCUAAUUGAUGUGUUAGACAAACGCCUACCACCUCCAACAAGCCAACUGGUUGCACAAAAUAUUGUUCACGCUGCUACACUGGCAUUUGCUUGCUUACAUACAAAACCAAAGUCUCGACCAAUGAUGGAACAAGUGUGCAAAGGGUUUCUUUCUUCCCAAAAAUCUUUGGGGAUUCCUCUCCAAAUGAUUACUUUGUUGCAACUUGUGAACCAUCAAAUGCUUAUUGGUGGCCAAAGUGGAACUUGUCCCGUUUAAUGCUGGUAACUAACUAACUUCGUUUGUAAAAUUUUUUAUAUAUUUGUAGUUUAUGGUUAUUGUCAUCUCUUGUUGUUUAAUCCUACUAUGAAAUAAUUAGAAAAUUUUGAAUAUGCAUGCAAUUCACGUGUAUUUGUUUAA